UUUUGUUUCCCGUAGAACAAAUGAACUGUGUUUCAUGAGCAAAGAAAAAAGAUGGAAGAAGAGAGAAUUGCUCGUCUAAUUGAAAAAUGCCCAAAUACGCGCGUCAUUCGUCAAAUCUAUGCGCGUGUUCUGACUCGCCUCCAUCCCAUUUCCACCCUUUCCUUCCUCCUCUCGAAAAUAGUUGGUUUUUGUGCUCUUUCUCGCCAUGGAGAUAUCAAUCUUGCUCACAAAGUUUUCGAUCAAAUCCCCAACCCAAAUAUUUUCUCUUGGAAUUCCCUUAUUCGGGGUUAUUCUCUUAUUGGAACCCAAUCCAGGGUGCCCUUUUCUUUAUAUAAAAAAAUGGUCAGAAAAGGGUAUCCUUCAGCUAAUACAUUUACCCUGGCUUUCGUGCUUAAGGCUUGCUCCAAUAUUUUGUCUUUCGAAGACGGUCAACAGGUUCAUGCUCGUGUUUUCCUAUCCGGGUUUGGCUCGAACUCGUUUGUUCAAACAGGGUUGCUAAAUUUUUAUGCGAAAUGCGAAGAUAUUGAGCUGGCGGAAAAAGUGUUCGAUGAAAUUCCCGAGAGAGGCUUGGUAGAAUGGAGUACAAUGAUAAGUGGCUAUGCUACGAUGGGAUUGGUCAAUGAGGCUUUUGGUGCGUUUAGGGAAAUGCAAAUGUCGAAAGUUGUCCCUGAUAAGGUAACGAUGGUUAGUGUGAUUUCUGCAUGUGCUAUGGCAGGGGCAUUGGAUAUUGGUAGGUGGAUCCAUGCGUAUAUUGAGAAGCAGAUGAUUGAGACUGAUAUCAUGAUUAGUACUGCGCUAGUUAACAUGUAUGCAAAAUGUGGAUGCAUUGAAAAGGCAAAAGAAAUUUUCAGUGGAAUGCCUGUAAAAGACCAGAAAGCUUGGAGUUCGAUGGUUGUUGGAUUGGCAGUUCACGGCUUAGCAGAGGAGGCUUUGGAAGCGGUUUCUAGAAUGGAGGAAUCCAAGGUUACACCUAGCCAUGUUACUUUUAUUGGCAUUUUAUCUGCUUGUGCCCAUGGUGGACUGGUUUCUUUGGGUAGGAGAUAUUGGUCAAGCAUGAUUGAAUUAGGAAUCGAACCAUCACUAGAGCAUUAUGGUUGUAUGGUUGAUCUUCUCUGCCGAGCUGGCCAUGUUGAUGAGGCUUGUAGUUUUGUUCAAACCAUGCCUUUCUCACCAAAUCCAGUAAUAUGGCGAACAUUACUCAUUGGUUGCCAGAAGAAUAAGAUGCUUCAUAAAGGUGAAAUCGCGGGAGAGCAACUUCUUGCAUUAGAGCCAACAAAUACAGAGAACUAUAUUCUGCUGUCAAAUUUCUAUGCAUCAGUUUCUCAGUGGGAAAAGAUGAGCUAUGUGAGAAAAAAGAUGAAGCAAAUGGGCAUGAAGGCAGUUCCUGGGUGUACCUCAAUUGAAAUUGGUGGUCUUGUUCAUGAGUUUGUGUCGGGAGACUGGCAUCAUCCCGAGGCAAAGGAGAUAAGACAAGUUUUAAGGGUUAUUUCUGAGCGAGUUAGCGAUUCUGGGCAUGAACCACUGAUAUCUGAUGUGCUUCACAAUGUUGCUGAUGAAGAGAAAGGAAUUUACCUGUGUGAGCACAGUGAGAGGCUUGCCAUUGCUUAUGGACUUUUAAAGACGAAAGCACCAGCCUCGAUUCGAAUAGUAAAGAACCUAAGAGUUUGUAUUGAUUGCCAUGAAGUCACAAAGAUCAUCAGUAAAAUUUAUGAGCGUGAAAUAAUUGUUAGAGAUCGAGUUCGGUUCCAUAAGUUUGUCAAUGGUACAUGCUCUUGCAGGGAUUAUUGGUGAUUGUCCACUUCUUUUCUCGGAUACCCGUACUGUUCUCAAAUACCUUAGGUGCCUCACAGUAAACAUGGUAUACGCUGAGGAACUUAAAAACUUAUUUGUCAAAUGGUUCGAGCAUCAUGAAUGGCAGAGAUGUGAGCGUUCAAUAUCAAAUAGUUGAGAGUUAUCUUCGAACAGAUAUU